CUCCACCCCUCUCUAUCAAACUCGUCGUCUCCAUCUCUAAUCUGCCGUGUUUCCCGCCUCUACCAUCUCCUCAGCUCCUGCCGGCGUUGACUCACUUCCGGCGAGGUUGACUCACUUCCGGCGAGUACUUGCUUAAGAUUUCUCCAUCUCACUCGAUCUCGAUCUCUAUCCAUCUCUCUCAAUCUCAAGAUCGUUCUCCAUCACGAGCCCUCCAAUCCAUCUCAAGCUUUCUCUUCUCCUCCGAUGCAGACCACCACGAGCUAUCUCCGACAGACCCUUCUGAACCCAUCUCCGAAGUCUCUCUCUCUGUGAGGUCUCAGGCUCUCUUAUAUGAGACUCUCUCAAAGCUUAGAACCUCUCAAAGCUCAGGUGGUUCGGAAGGUCUAUUUGCGGAAAAGACUCUGGAGAUCGCAUAUGAUAUACUCCAGACUUACAAAAACCAAGGUUAAUGCUGCACUCAAAGCUUGCACUGAUUUGAAGCUAGAUGGCCUUGUUAUCCUUGGAUGUGUGACAUCAAACACAGAAGCUGCUCACCAUGCUGGUUUUUUCGCUGAAGCAAAGUUCUCAACAAAGGUAGUUGGUGUUCUAAUUACUACAAAUGGAGAUCUCAAGAAUCAGUUUGUUGAGGCAAACAUUGGUUUUGACACCAUAUGCAAGAGAAGGAUGACACUUUUUGUGACCAGAUCAGUGAAUGUGUUUAUGUGUAUAUUGUCAUAA